AUGUCCCACUAUAUGAGUGAGCACCCAGAACAGCGCCGGCCCUUGCUUCGCUGUCCGGCUGUAGAGCUUUCUGGUUGGCUAUUUUGUCUGUCGAGUGCUAUGGCUGCACCACCGGCUCCCAUCAUGCCCAACAACAUAGCAUCGACGCGGCUAGUAUGUUCGUGGAACGACCGCUUGCGUAUGGGACACAGUAGAGCGGGCGCCGGGAUGGCAGUGGCUAUUGAGACGGUUCGCAUCAUAAGUGACGUCGGCCGUGGGAGCGUAUGGUGCGGUGGGAUGACAGACGAUGUCAUUGAGCCUCAUCGCGGGUCGUCAGCGCGCAACCCUCCCGGACAAGACGAGCUUACGCUGAAUGUGUCCAUGGGUGCCACGAGCGCAGGAUGCGUUCUUCUCAGGCUGAUGACAACACCCUCUUCCACGGCCGCGAAUUGGGAUAUCCGGGCGACGGUUAGUUUGCUUGCAUUGCCGUGUGGUAGCCUCGAGGCCGACGAUGGACAGAGAGGGUAG